AUGCAAAAGUUAUCUCCAUUCGUAAUUAGCAAGCAUAUUCAAUCUUCUAUAGGAGAACCAAGAAAUAUAAAACGUCUUCGGUCUGGAGAUUUGCUGAUUGACACAGCUACGGCCAUACAGUCUGCCUCCCUCCUUCGACUAACCAAGCUCGGGGAAGUAAAUGUCACUGUAUCUGAACAUAAAACACUAAACUAUUGUAGAGGUGUAAUUUCGGAAUUUGACCUUUUGUCUGUUUCCGAAGAAGAGUUAGUUUCCGAGCUUGCCAAUCAGAAGGUGUGUGCUGCCAGGCGGAUCAAGAUGCGUAAGGAAGGUCAGUUGAUAGACACAAAACACGUGAUCCUGACCUUCAAGUCGCCUGAUCUGCCUAAGAAUAUUAAGGCUGGCUAUCUCAAUUGUCCUGUACGCCCGUAUAUCCCAAACCCGAUGCGAUGCUUUCAGUGCCAGCGUUUUGGCCACACUAAGAUCUCCUGCCGUGGCAAACUCACGUGUGCACGUUGCUCCGUGGCUGGCCACAACAGUGACGCGUGUACUGCUGCCCCACUGUGCAUAAACUGUAAGGGUGAACAUGCAGCUUUCUCACGCUCAUGUCCCAAAUGGAAAGCAGAGAGGGAAAUCCAGGCUGUUAAACAUAAGAGAAAUAUAUCAUAUGCAGAAGCCAGAAGGAUAGUCGAAGGCACUCAACCACGAACAGGGAUGUCUUUCGCUAGUGCUGCAAAAUCAAAGCGAUCUGUUGGUACCCAAACUUCAGUAAGCACACAAAGACCAGCACCAAAAAUCCAACCCGCAAUAAGCAAGCCAAAAAUAGACAAACCAACACUGGAAAUGCAGAAAACCGAAACAGUAAGCCCAAACAAAUUAAAAAACCUCACUCAAGAAGCAGCAAAGAAAGAAACAAGUGCAAGUAAUAGUUCAUUUGAUGAAAUGAUUUCUGACUCCUUUGAUUCAGAUAACAUGGAAGUAGAGCCAGGGUUAGAAAUUCCCAAACAUCUACUUCCACGCAAAACCAAAACGCAGCACAGAAAGACUAAACAUCAUUCAUAAAUGGCCAAUCUCAUAUCAUGGAACUGUCGUGGUUUCCACCAAAAUCUCGUUCAUAUCAAACAUCUGAUUGAUGUCUAUCAUCCUGUGUGCUUGGCAGUUCAGGAAACUCUAUUGAAACCAGAACAUCAGGUUAAGCUACGGAGGUACAAUUCAAACAGGAAAGAUAAUCCUGAUGGCAAUCGUGUCUGUGGAGGCGUAGGAAUUCUAGCGUCACUAGACUACCCUUCCAGCUCCAUCUCAUUACAUACAGGCCUCCAAGCUGUAGCUAUUGCAGUCAAUAUCCAAAAUUUAGUUUCGAUUUGCUGCCUCUACUUGCCUCCAAGCCAAAACAUCGAUCAACGAGAUUUAGAUAAUUUAAUAGAACAGCUGCCUGAACCUUUUAUUAUAAUAGGUGACUUUAAUGCCCAUAGCCCGCUCUGGGGAAGUAAGGAUUUAAAUUCUCGAGGUAGACAGAUUGAGCAAAUGAUUGAAGAUCACUGCCUCUGUCUUCUCAACAAUGGACAAAAUACCUAUUUCCACGAGCCUACUAGAACCUUUCAUGCUAUUGAUCUUGCCAUCUGCU